GAUAUCUUCCGUCCAGGUGCUUUGCAGCCUUCCAUGGAAAAGUCCGACGAGAUUGCGCAUGUCCAGGAAACACCCGUCGAGGCUUCUACCAAGACAUGGUGGCAGCGACGCGCUCCUGUCAUCGCUUGCGGUUCUGGACUCUUUUCUGAUGGUUACCUCAAUGGAGUCAGUCGUCUGUUCCCCGCCACAAGUAUUCAUUUAACCAGUAUCAGNGUCAUCGGCUCAGUGAACACCAUUCUCAAGAGACUGUACAAACACGAGUACACCCACAGCAAUGCUCAGAGUAAUAUUACAUCGCUCGUAUUCGUUGGUGAAGUCGUCGGUAUCAUUAUCUUUGGCUACACCUCAGAUCGCUUUUCCCGCAAGUGGUCCAUCUUUGCAUCUACUGUCAUCCUGGUAUGCCCUAUUGGUGGCAUGCUUUCUGCUCUUGCUGCUUACCGAUUCCUCCUCGGUAUCGGGAUCGGCGGUGAGUACCCUGCUGGAUCUGUUGGUUGUUCAGAAAGCACUGGUGAGCUUGAAGCCGGUACGCGCAAUCGUUGGUUCAUCUGGUUCACCAACUUGGCGAUCGACGCUGGGUUUGUCGUCGCUGCUUUUGUCCCCAUGAUUGUUGAUCAUCUCCGCGCCGCUUGGCGUAUCAUGCUCGGUAUCGGUGUCAUACCGCCACUCUCGCUGUUCUACAUGCGCUGGAAGCUUGAAGAGCCCGAAGCCUACAAGCGGAACACCAUGGCCAAGUGCAAGACGCCCUGGAAGCUCAUCUUCAAGAAGUAUUGGUUCCGCCUGCUCGUAGUCUCGACCAUCUGGUUCAUCUAUGACUAUUCAUCAUAUGCCUUUGGCACUUACUCGGCUCCAAGCGUUGACAAUGUACUCGGCCCUGACGCACCAAUGUGGAAGACUUUUGGCUGGAACACUGUGAUCAACCUUUUCUACAUUCCUGGUGCCUUUGCAGGAUCAUACGUCUCUGAUUGGAUUGGUCCCAGGAAGGCUCUUGCGUAUGGAGUGACUGCACAGGCUGUGGUCGGAUUUAUCAUGGCUGGCUGCUACGAGAAGCUUGCUAUCCCAAAGAACAUUGGUGGAUUUGUUGUGGUCUACGGCAUUUUCUUGUCGCUCGGCGAACUGGGCCCUGGAGACAACAUUGGGCUCAUUGCAUCCAAGACCUCUGCCACCGCUGUCAGAGGCCGUUACUACGCAGUCGCUGCAGCAUUUGGCAAGAUCGGAGCCUUCAUUGGCAACUACCUCUACCCUAUCCUGGUAGCUGAUGCUGGGAGCAACGUAGUCAAGGGUAACCAGUACCCUUUCUGGGUCGCCUCGUCUCUUUGCAUCUUGAGCGCUUUCCUUGCAUUCUUCUUCUUGCCUGAGAUUGGUCAAGAUACAAUUGAUCACGAGGACGCUGCUUUCAAGGGCUAUCUGAUUGAAAAUGGUUGGGAUAUUUCUCGUAUGGGUCUUGCUGGCGCUGGUGCUCACAUGGAAUCUGAUGAGGAGAGUCCACGAUACAAUGGUGAGAAGGCGGAUGAGUGA